UCACAUGCCAGUACCUCCUUCGCAAAGUUCGCAUCAGUUUUCAUCCUUCCUCGGGUUUCCAGGGUCAUGUGAAAGGGGCGUGGAGUGUUAAUCUUGCUUUCUCUGGUCCGGACCCUCCCCGGUUUAGCUCACUCAUCGGCGGUGUGUGAAUGGGGAGAGCGAUCGCUCUCUGUGGUCGCUCGGGGAGGAUAGUGUCAUUCCUUUCCGCGGUACCUUGUUUGUCCGGCUGCACACCCCAACCCGCGGCGGAGCGGAGGAUGAGCGACCAGGGGAAGAGCUCGGUUUCCACUCUUGCGGGUGCCCCAGCCCCGGGAUCGGAUACUUACAAAGGCUGGCUUUUUAAAUGGACUAACUAUUUGAAAGGGUAUCAACGCCGAUGGUUCGUCCUCAGCAAUGGCCUUCUGUCGUAUUACAGGACUCAGGCAGAGAUGGCCCAUACAUGUCGCGGCACCAUCAACCUGGCCACGGCCCACAUCGACACGGAGGACGCCUGUAACAUCGUCCUGAGCAGCGGUGGGCGCACCUACCACCUGAAGGCCAGCACAGAGGUGGAACGCCAGAGAUGGGUCACAGCGCUGGAGCUGGCCAAGGCUAAAGCCAUCCGCAUGAUGAAUGACCAGUCUGAGUUCCUCUAUCCCACUGGGACUGGACCUGACAGGGAAAAAGGCAAGAGCAGGAUUUCAGGCACAUUCAGACCUGUGAAUGACUCGGGGGACGAGGAGCCCACGACCCAGUCGGACCGCAGUGAGGGGAUCCAGGGCACUCUGAAGACCCUGAUCAGCAAGCUUGAUGACCUCAGUACGUGUAACGACCUAAUCGCCAAGCAUGGGGCUGCCCUGCAGCGCUCUCUGAGUGAACUUGAGGCGCUGAGAGUCCCCGUGGAGGGAGGAGAGAAGAUCAAGGGCGUCAAUGAACGCGCCACCCUCUUCCGCAUCACCUCGAAUGCUAUGAUCAAUGCGUGUCGCGACUUCCUGGACCUAGCGGAGACCCACAGCAGGAGAUGGCAGCGGGCGCUGCAGUAUGAGAGAGAGCAGCGUAUUCACCUGGAGGAGACCAUAGAGCAGCUAGCCAAGCAACACAACAGUCUGGAGAGAGCCUGGAGAGAGGCCCCCACACUAUCCGCCAACACACCCAGCUCCCCCACCACCAAGAAGGGAGGGAGUGAGAGGCCUCAGAAAGGGGAGGCGAGUGAUGAAGAUGAGGAUACGGAAUACUUUGACGCCAUGGAGGACUCCCCUGCCUUUAUCACAGUAACAGCCACUGAGAACACACAGCACAGGUGUUCUCAGAGUAACCUGUGUGGAGCGAGUGGAGGCCAUACCAAUGAUUGGAACCAGGACAAUGUGUCUCCUAGCUGUAAGGAUUCCGGGAAGGAGCUUCAGCCCCUCAGGAGGCGGAGCCACAUCCCAGACAAGCCCAACUACUCCCUUAACCUGUGGAGCAUCAUGAAGAACUGUAUCGGCAAGGAGCUCUCCAAGAUCCCCAUGCCUGUGAACUUCAACGAGCCUCUGUCCAUGCUGCAGCGGCUGACAGAGGACCUAGAGUACCAUGAGCUUCUGGACAAGGCGGCGCGCUGCGAGAGCUCCCUGGAGCAGCUGUGUCUGGUGGCAGCCUUCUCUGUGUCCUCCUACUCCACCACAGUCCACCGCACGGCCAAGCCCUUCAACCCCCUGCUGGGGGAGACCUACGAGCUGGACCGCCUGGACGACUUGGGCUACCGCUCGCUGUGUGAGCAGGUGAGCCAUCACCCCCCAGCAGCAGCUCACCAUGUGAUUUCUCAGCGAGGCUGGACCCUCUGGCAGCAAAUCACCAUAUCCAGCAAGUUCCGUGGCAAAUACCUCUCCAUAAUGCCUCUGGGUGCCAUUCACCUGCAGUUCCACUCCAGUGAGAACCACUAUGUGUGGAGGAAGGUAAUCUCCACUGUGCACAACAUCAUCGUGGGCAAGCUGUGGAUUGACCAGUCGGGGGACAUUGAGAUAGUCAACCACAGGACCAAGGAGACGUGCCAGCUCAAGUUCUCCCCUUACAGCUAUUUCUCCAGGGAUGUCCCACGCAAGGUGACAGGGGUAGUGUCAGACAGUGGAGGGCAGGCCCACUAUAUCCUGUCUGGCACGUGGGACGAUAAGAUCGAGAGCUCCAAGAUCGUCCAGAGCAGCAAAGGGGGCAGUGGCUCCGAGGGCAAGCAGAAGACUGUCUACCAGACCCUGUCCCCCAAACUACUGUGGAAGAAAUACCCUCUCCCGGAUAACGCUGAGAACAUGUACUUCUUCUCCUCGCUGGCGCUGACGCUGAAUGAGCCGGAGGAUGGGGUGGGGCUGACGGACAGCCGGCUGAGACCGGACCAGAGGCUGAUGGAAGCGGGGAGAUGGGACGAGGCCAACUCUGAGAAACAGAGAUUAGAGGAGAAACAGAGAGCUGUGAGGAGGAGGAGAGAGGCAGAGGCCACAGAUGCACUGGACAACGGUCGAGAGUAUGAGGGCUUCCAGCCACAGUGGUUCCACAAGAGGAAGAACGCCAUCACUGGGGAGACAACCUUUGUGUACAAGGGUGGAUACUGGGAGGCUAAGGACAGUCAGGACUGGAGUAUGUGCUCUGAAAUCUUCUAAGCCGAGACCAGACCCAUCCUACCCAAUCACUGGACCCACCCAGGCCCAGGAGACUGCUCCACCACUGGCCCUGGAUGAAUGGGGGUCUGGGUCUGGAUGUGGACCUCUGUGUGCAUGAGAAUGUGAAUGUCUCACACACUCACAACACAGUGUACCUCCCCAUGUACACACAGAGGUCAUAUUUUUUACAGAGUCAAGGGAGAGAAGGGACCUUUUCUAGAUCCUACCCUGACCUAACACUGAGCUGUGUGGGGGUGUGUGAGAGAGAUGGGAGAUUGAAUACCAUAGAAAAGGGGCCCCAUAGAGACUUCCAAAAGAAUCAGGUGCUCCACACACGCUACCCACAAUGCACCUUUCCUCUGCUCAGCACAUCUGUUUCUAGGGGUUUUAGUGAUUGAACAGCAACCCAUCUAAAUCAGUUCUCCUCUCCUCCACUUGUAUACUGGGAUGAGAUGAAGUCCAUCCUGUCUAACGGACAGAUGGACGGACAGACAGAGAGACAAAAAUAAUGCUUCAGAAGUUUAUAGAAAGACAGUGUAUGUAUGUAUGUAAUAAUCUGUGUAUAUAUAUAUAUAUAUAUAUAUAUAUAUAUAUAUAUAUAUAUAUAUAUAUAUAUAUACACACAAACUACCAGUCAAAAGUUUGGACACACCUACUCAAUAAAGGGUUUUUCUUUAUGUUUUACUAUUUUCUACAUUGUAAAAUAAUAGUGAAGACAUCAAAACAAUGAAAUAAGACAUAUGGUAUCAUGUAGUAACCAAAAAAGGGUUAAACAAAUCCAAAUAUAUUUGAGAUUUGAGAUUCUUCAAAGUAGCCUUUGCCUUGAUGACAGCUUUGUACACUCUUGGCGUUCUCUCAAACAGCUUCACCUGGAAUGCUUUUCCAACAGUCUUGAAGGAGUUCCCACACGCUGAGCAUUUGUUGGCUGCUUUUCCUUCACUCUGCGUUUCAACUCAUCUCAAACCAUCUCAAUUGGGUUGAGGUCGGGUGAUUGUGGAGGCCAGGUCAUCUGAUGCAGCACUCCAACACUCUUCUUGGUCAAAUAGCCCUUACACAGCCUGGAGGUGUGUUUUGGGUCAUUGUCCUUUUGAAAAGGAAAUGAUAGUCCCACUAAGCCCAAACCAGAUGGGAUGGCGUAUCGCUGCAGAAAGCUGUGGUAGCCGUGCUGGUUAAGUGUGCCUUGAAUUCUAAAUAAAUGACAGUGUCACCAGCAAAUCACCCCCACGCCAUCACACCACCUCAUCCAUGCUUUACAGUGGGAACCACAAAUGCAGAGAUCAUCUGUUCACCUACUCUGCGUCUCACAAAGACAGCGGUUGGAACCAAAAAUUGCAAAUUUGUACUCAUCAGACCAAUGGACAGAUCUAAUGCCCAUUGCUCAUGUUUCUUGGUCCAAGCAAGUCUCUUCUUCUUAUUGGUGUCCUUUAGUAGUGGUUUCUUUGCAGCAACUCAACCAUGAAGGCCUGAUGCACACAGUCUCCUCUGAACAGUUGAUGUUGAGAUGUGUCUGUUACUUGAACUCAAUUAUUUAUUUGGGUUGCAAUCUGUUAAUUCGAAUGAAUUUAUCCUCUGCAGCAGAGGUAACUCCGGGUCUUUCUUUCCUGUGGCGGUCCUCAUGAGAGCCAGUUUCAUCAUAGCGCUUGAGGAUUUUUGCAACUGCACUUGAAGAAACUUUCAAAGUUCUUGAAAUUUUCCAGAUCGAUUGGCCUUCGUGUCUUAAAGUAAUGGUGGACUGUCGUUUCUCUUUUCUUAUUUGAUCUUUCCAUAAUAUGAACUUGGUAUUUUACCAAAUAGGACUGUCUUCUGUAUACCACCCCUACCAUGUCACAACACAACUGAUUGGCUCAAACGCAUUAAGAAGGAAAGAAAGUCCAUAAAUGUACUUUUAACAAGGCACACCUGUUAAUUGAAAUGCAUUCCAGGUGACUACCUUAUGAAGCUGGUUGAGAGAAUGCCAAGACUGUGCAAAGCUGUCAUUGAGGCAAAGGGUGGCUACUUUGAAGAAUCUGAAAUAUAUAUAUAUAUGGAUUUGUUUAACACUUUUGGUUACUACAUGAUUCCAUAUGUGUUAUUUCAUAGCUUUGAUGUCUUCACUAUUAUUCAAUGUAGAAAAUACACACACACACACACACACAUAUAUAUAUAACGAUACCCAUUUUAGCCAUUUAUAUAUUUAUUUUUAGGAACUCAGUCAGGGUCUCAAUUUACUAAUGAGAUAAAUAAUAGUAGAAUACACCAGGUGCAAUUUCAAAAUGUGGUUGUGCAUCAGCAGUUUUUAACUUUUUAUGUCAGUCACUGACAGUCACUCAAUUAGCCAUGUCAGCUAGCAAUUUUAGAUAGAUAGCUGGCUAGACAAGCUACCAAACUUAUAGUAAUCAUGGUCGAAUACUGACUGGGCACACAAGGCAUUUGCCCAGGGGCCCUGACUUCCAAGGGGCCCCCCAUUUGAUUUUGUUAGUCUCACUCAUUCUCACUCAGAUAUCAUAUUAACAUGGCAUUCAAACUGAAAAGAUUUCUAUCCACCCCAUGGCAAAAUGGGUAGAAUUGCUUGAAAUGUGCUGUUAAACUGCAACAUUUUCUCUCUGCCCCAUGGGAAAAUGUGUAGAAUUGCAGGAAAUUAACUUUAAAAAGAACAUUUGUCUCUUCACCGUUAAGUGGGGGAUAGGGCUGGGCGAUAUAUCGAAUUAAUUAGAUUAAUUUGAAUGUAUGUUUUUGCGCAAUAUUCCAAAUGCCUGUAUCACAAGAAUAUUUUUUGAUUUUAUGAGCGUU